AUGGAAGACCACAGGCAGGCUAAUUGCAAUGUCAUUGGGGAACUAAUAAAAUCAAAAUACAUGUCAAUAAAGAGAGUACGCACACCACAUGACAUAAUCAACGACAUGCUAGAUGAUUUUGGUGUUUCAAUGGGGUACCAAAAAGCCUGGAGAGCAAGAGAAAAAGCUUUAGAAUUGGCAAGGGGAAACCAAGAUGAUUCAUACCAAAAACUUCCCAUCUACCUUCACAUGCUAAAAGUCUCGAACCCAGGUACAAUUACACACCUGGUUACAGACAAUACAGAUCACUUCAAAUAUAUGUACCUAGCAUUUGCAAAUUCCAUCAAAGGAUGGAAACACUGUAGGCUAGUCAUUGUGAUAGAUGGAACUUACUUGAAGACAUCAUUUGAGAGAACUUUAUUCACUGCUUCAACAAUGGAUGCUAACAACAACAUAUUCCCAUUAACCUUUGGAAUAGGAGACUCUGAAAAUGAUUCAUCAUGGUUAUGGUUUUUCACAAAGCUAAAGGAGACAUAUGGAGAAAGAGAAGGUAUGGCAAUCAUUUCAGACAGGCAUAAAAGCAUAGAAAAUGCUAUAGACGAUGUAUACCCAAAAGCUUUCCAUGGAGCAUGCAUAUUCCACCUGUUAAACAACAUCAAAGUCAAUUUCGGUGUCCAUGGGGAGGACCUAAACCUAAACUUUGUCAAAGUAGCAAAGGCAUAUAGGGUACAAUCAUUUGAGCACUACAUGCAUGAAAUAGACAAGAUUGACACACGCAUAAGACCGUAUUUACAAAAAAUUGGAUAUUCAACUUGGUCUAGAUGCCAUGCUCCAACAAGAAGAUAUACAAUGAUGACAUCAAAUAUAGCUGAAUCAAUAAAUGCUGCAUUGAAAGUUGCGAGAACGCUGCCAAUCACUACAAUGAUGGAGGGCCUUCGAAGUUUAGUUCAAAAAUGGGUAUGGAAAAAUGGUAACAAAGCAAACGGAACAUUCACACAAGUAACAAUAGAUACUGAAACUGUGCUUAGAGAAAACUUUAUUCGUGCCAUUAAAUUUCAGGUCUUCCCAGUAAACACUAUACUGUACCAAGUUGUGGUUGAACAGAAAUGA